UCGAUGACAGCCCUUUUGGACUCAAGCAAAGGCAGGACAAUCAGAACUGGGAAUGGCAGACAACCAGGUACAUCAUGGCCACCGCGUGGCAGUGGUACCUGCUGCAUCCCGUGCUGGCCCGGGUGACAGCCCACGUGACACCAUCGCUGGUACCCGUCUUCUACUCUGUCUACUCGUCUUUCUUCGUGACCUUCACCUUCGGCUGGGAGGUGGCGCUGCUGUUCCUAGCACAACAUGCCGCCUUCUACGUCACGGCCUCGCUGAAGAGCACAGCACUGUGCUACGUGGUCGCCACCGUGAUCCACUGCCAGAAGUUCUUUCUCCCGUUUGAUCCAUACCAAUACAUGUAUCCCAAGUGCGGUGAGAUGGCCUAUUGGCCAGCGUACAUCGCAUUCCAUUGGAACAUAUUGCGUGGCCUCAGCUUCAGCGUCGAGUUCGUUCAAGCCGACAGCAGGAACAACACCGGGGUCGUCCAUCGCAGGUGGCCGUCAUACUGGAAGACUCUGGGUUACAUGUUGUACCUACCCACCGUCCACCUAGGACCACCGCUGAGGUACGACGACUACAUAGUGCAGUUGGACAACCCAAGGCCACGCUGCACGCUACGGAAGGUUGCUGUCGCCAUCGCCAGGAUACUCCGUUCUGGCGCCCACUUUUUACUCAUGGAGCUCAUGACGCACUUCUUUUACGGUUCGGCGAUGUCCAACUGGGACUGGAUGGCUGACAGACUGGACUUCACCAGCCUGGUGGGCUACGCCCUGUCUCUGGAAUUUGACUACUACGUGAUCGACCUAUUUCACUACGGCUUCGCCGGCUCCCUGGCCAACGCGGAAGGCAUCAAGGUGCCGGCUGCAUCUCCCUGCAUUGCCAGAUUACACCGGUGCUCGCGUUUCUGGAGGUACUUCGACCGUGGCAUGCAUCUGUGGAUUCGAAGGUACAUUUACGAGCCCGUCAUGGGUGGCACUCGCACUGCCUCUCGGCUGAUUUUAGGUACUGCGGCGGCCUUCACCUUCACCUGCACAUGGCACAGCUUCUACAAGCAAAACGUCGUAUGGUGCGCACUCAGUGCACUAGGAAUCGCCCUCGAAAUUAUCACCAUCCAGAUCAGGAAGGGGACAUCAGUCAAGAAGUUCGAGAACCGUUACCUGGCGUCAGCCGAGAGGAUGCGAACGGCCAAGGCCCUGUUGGGAGCUCCGCACUUCUUGCUCACCGUUUGUGCCUGCCUCUUUCACUUGGUUAAGCUGGAAGUCAGUGUCAACAUUUGCAGAAGAAUCUUAACCGGAUUUCCUUUCCCGAUGGUCCCCAUUAUGGUGGUCAUGUACAGCCUCUGCCAUGUUUCCAUGGACAUUGAAGAGUGGGAAGAAGCGUCGUCCAUAGGCAAGAAGAAACAAGCUUCCCUCUGAACUACUUUAUUGCGCUGUUCAACAAGGCUACCUUGGACUGCGACGAUCACUGGAAUUUUGAAAGGAGGAGCUGUUUAAGCUUGGCAAAACUCCGCUGUCAUCCCGCAUUAACUGGUUGAGCGAAAAGGACCCACGUUAAGAGAAGGGGCGCCCAGCCUAGCUAUGCCAAGGCACGCAGAGCCAAGAAAGGAGCACAGUAUAGUACAGCAAGGGGUUGGGAAAGGCAAGUGAGGAUGAGCAGGAAGGAAAGGAGGAAGGGGAGAUGGUAAAGCAUAGCAUAGCUAUGUAUAGCAUAGCAAGUGGUAGGAAAGGGAAGUAAUGGUGAAGAGGCUGGAAGGAAGGAGCAGAGAGGAUCAAGCGUAACAUAGUCAUGUAUAGUUAGGAGAGCAAAGGGGUGGGAAAUGGAAGUAAGGGUGAGGAGGAGGGAAAGGAGGCGGGGAGAAGGUGAAGCACAGCAUAGCUUUGUAUAGUACAUUAUAGCAAGGAUUGGGGAAGGGAAGUGAAGGUUAGCAGAAGAGAAAGGAGGAAGGAGAGGGUGAAGCACAGCAUAGUCUUGUAUAGUAUAGUAUAGAGAGCAGUGGGAAAGGGUAGUGAAGGUGAGCAGGACGGAAAGGAGGAAGGGAAGGCCACUAGCGGAGAUGUUUGAGUGUUCGCACCGCUAGGGCGUAGCUGCCUCACUUUUUUACUCCUCGCAUUA